AUGUCGUCAACGACAGAAGAGGAACUCAAACAGGCGCUAGCAUCAUUAUCAGAGCUCUCCGACCUCAAGACCGCCAUCGAAGACGAGGCUGACGACAUUGCAGCUCAAGAAGCAAGAGAGGCAGCGAUACGACUCCUGACCGCAUCUACACCACUCUUUUCCACGCUGAAACGUCUGAAUCGUUGCAUCCAUACCGACUUGCAAGCACAAAAGACAAAUGUAGCCGAAGAACGCGCUAAGGUCGACACAGCUCGUUUGGCGCUGCAGAACCUAAAGUACGAAGAGAGCAUGCUCGAGCUUGAAGUCAAGGUGUGCCAAGAGUUCCAGUCCAUCUUCCAAGACAUCGAGCUGCACGACCUGCAAGAGUUUCAUCGACUUCGAUCCACCGCUACCACCGCAGAGGCAAAGGAAAAGAAGGAGGACUCGGGUUGGGUCUCGGAAGGGCCCGCCGAGGCAGAAGAGGACGGAGAUCUGGAUGACGAUCAUAAACUCAUGCUGGCCAGAUUGCGGUUCGAGUUGAAGGAGCGAAAGAGGCUCGAAUCGGAGAAACAGACGUUGCAGCAGGAUAAGACGCAGGUGGUCAAGCAGAACAAGGACAAGAAGGUCAAGUUGGAACAGGCCGAGAAGCAGCUCAAGGACCUGUUGGCCGCUGCUCAAGCGGUGCAGGCCAAGUUCGAGAGCUUUUGA